GAGUUCGUGCACGACGACGUGUGGGCGAUCGUGAACAACCCCGACGUGCGGCCCGGCGCCCCCCUCCGCUGGGGCAUCUUCACCAACGACUUCUGGGGCAAGGGCAUGGCCGAGAACACCAGCCACAAGUCCUACCGACCGCUCUGCGUCCUCACCUUCAAGCUGAACGUAUUUUUGACUGGUAUGAACCCAUUCUACUUUCAUGCAGUGAAUGUGAUUUUGCACUGCCUGGUGACUCUUGUCCUGAUGUACACCUGUGACAAAGCUGUCUUCAGGAAUCGCAGACUUGCUUUUGCUACGGCGUUGCUUUUUGCUGUGCAUCCUAUCCACACGGAGGCAGUGGCUGGAAUUGUUGGCAGAGCUGACGUGUUAGCAUGCCUGCUGUUUCUGUUGGCCUUUCUCUCCUACAAUAGGAGUGUGGACCAGCGUCAUGUUGGGGAAUGUUUCCCUCCCACGGUGUCUCCCUUCUUCUUGCUGCUCAGUUUGUUGCUGGGGACCUGUGCGAUGCUGGUGAAGGAGACCGGCAUCACAGUGUUUGGAGUGUGCCUGGUUUAUGAUCUCUUUUCCCUAUCCCACAAGCAAGAGAAAUCGAGCAAUGGGGUCAUCCAUCAGCGCAGCCCGCAGCAGCCUGCGAGUCCCCCGCCCCCGUCACUGCCCCCGCAGCCUCACCGGGAGAACGGGAAGCAGCAUCGAUUUCCUCACCGAGGAGCUUGGGGUGGCUGCCACUCACCAUCGCCACCAGAACCCAAGAGCAGUGGAUUCCCAGUGUCUCCUGGAGCUAUGUGGUCCAUGAUGAGGUUCCUUACCUACUCCUACCUCUUGGCCUUCAAUGUGUGGCUUCUGCUUGCACCUGUUACCCUGUGCUAUGACUGGCAGGUGGGCAGUAUUCCCCUGGUAGAGACCAUAUGGGACACACGGAACUUGGCCACCAUCCUUCUGGCAGUUGUGAUGACCUUACUGAGCCUUCAUUGUUUAGCAGCCUUCAAGGCUUCUUCAAACUUCCUGGAGGAGAAUGAUGAUUAUUUGAGACUAAACCAAAGUUUCGCCAAAUAUCAAAAUCAGCAGAGCCGUCUUUUGAUAUCAACCCGAGCUCACUUUGGCAAAUGCAGUAGGAAGAAGAUUGAACUGGGAAUCAGCGCAGCCCCAGCUGUCCCCUGCUACCUGGCGGCCCUGGGUAGCCCAUUUUCUUACCACAUGGGCUACUGCAUCCUUUUUGUGCAUGGACUGAGCAAGCUGUGCACUUGGCUGAAUCGAUGCGGGGCCACCACCCUGACUGUGUCCACUGUGUUGCUGCUGUUGCUUUUCUCUUGGAAAACGGUGAAACAGAAUGAAAUUUGGCUGUCAAGAGAGUCCCUAUUCAGGUCUGGAGUUCAAACUCUGCCCCACAAUGCCAAGGUUCACUACAACUACGCCAAUUUCCUGAAGGAUCAAGGUCGGAACCGGGAAGCCAUCUACCACUACAGAACAGCCCUCAGGUUGUAUCCUCGCCACGCCAGUGCCCUGAACAACCUCGGAACGCUGACAAGAGACACAGCAGAGGCAAAGAUCUACUAUCAGAGGGCUCUCCAGCUAAAUCCACAGCACAACCGAGCUCUUUUCAAUCUUGGGAAUCUCCUCAAGUCCCAGGAGAAAAAAGAAGAGGCUAUCACCUUAUUGAAGGACUCCAUUAAAUACGGUCCAGAGUUUGCAGAUGCAUAUUCAAGCUUAGCUUCAUUGCUGGCCGAGCAGGAGAGAUUUAAGGAAGCUGAGGAAAUCUAUCAGGCUGGAAUAAAGAACUGUCCAGACAGCUCAGACUUACACAACAACUAUGGGGUUUUCUUAGUUGAUACCGGCUCUCCGGAGAAGGCAGUGGCCCAUUACCAGCAGGCCAUCACACUCAGCCCAAGUCAUCACGUAGCUAUGGUGAAUCUGGGGAGACUCUACAGGUCAUUGGGCGAGAACAGUUUGGCCGAAGAAUGGUAUAAACGCGCACUGCAGGUGUCCCGCAAAGCUGAGAUAUUAUCACCUUUGGGAGCGCUGUAUUAUAACACUGGCCGAUAUGAGGAAGCUCUGCAGAUCUACCGGGAAGCUGCGGCCCUCCAGCCUUCUCAAAGGGAGCUCCGCCUGGCCCUGGCUCAGGUUUUGGCCGUAAUGGGUCAGACAAAAGAAGCUGAAAAGAUGACCAACCACAUCGUGUCAGAGGAGACUGGAUGCCUCGAAUGCUACCGCCUGUUGUCAGCAAUCUACAGCAAGCAGGAGCGCCACGACAAGGCACUCGAUGCUAUAGACAAAGCUCUCCAGCUGAAGCCAAAGGACCCUAAAGUCAUAUCUGAACUUUUUUUCACAAAAGGAAACCAACUAAGAGAGCAGAAUCUUCUGGAUAAAGCUUUUGAGAGCUACAAAGCAGCCGUGGAACUGAAUCCAGAUCAAGCACAGGCCUGGAUGAACAUGGGUGGGAUCCAACACAUCAAGGGAAACUAUGUGUCCGCAAGAGCUUAUUAUGAGAGAGCCUUACAGCUGGUUCCAGACAGCAAACUGCUGCAGGAAAAUCUCGCCAAACUGGAUCGCCUAGAAAAACGAUUACAAGAAGUUCGAGAAAAGGAUCAAACAUAA